AUGACAGUUGUACCGCAUUCGAUAUUUGAAAAAAGAGAUGAUAAAUGUGUCGAUUGCCCAUCAAAGCCAAAGAAUUCAUGCCCAAAAUGUGCUUCAGGAAAAGAAUGUUAUUUGGUAUCCCAGACAUGUAAAAAAUGUGCUUAUUACAAGUGUACACCAAUAGAUGGAGGCUCAACUAAUUCCACGCCGGUUGGAGGUAUCAUUGGGGGUGCGAUCGGAGGAUUCGUCUUGUUACUGCUAGUGGCAGGAAUUUUGUACUAUAAGUUUGUGUACAGAAAGAGACAUCCCGUAUUGCUAGAGGAAGAUGACGAUAUAUUGAUGAGUGGAAUCGAAUCUGAGAGCGACCGUAAGAGUGAUUAUACUAUCAGUAAUCUCGAUAGUUACCAAGGGGACCCCAAUAUGGGUCCUGUAGGGGGUGUAAUGAGAAAUGGAAGUGGUCUGGAGAAGACAGGAACUAGGUCAGCUGCUGCCAAUAAGAGAAUAUCGUCGUACGAAUCGUUCACCAGACCUAAGGCGAGAUAUAACAAGAAUUCCAGACGGGGUGGAGGUCGCGGAGGUACUAGGAUGAGGACUAGGGUCGGUGCUUAUCUGGAUACUAAUUCUAGCAGACAUUCUGUGGCCACGACAAUGUCCACUACCAACGCAUCGAACAUUUUGCCAAUUGCAUACAUACCGGGGGUUACCGUGAGGCCCACCAAGAACAAUACUAGAUCGAUAUAUUCGUAUGAGACCGAGUCUGUGUUCUCAGACUUGAAUACUAUCGAAAAUGCCUCCAUAAUUGGAGACGUUAUGAGAGCCAACCAGCUCCAGGACGCAAAUGCUGGGCAUGACACAAAUGCCAACGGAUCUACAAACAAGGACAGUACCAUGACCGCUAUCAAGGCCCAACCCAAAUUGAUCAAUGUAGACAGAAUUGAAGAAGAAGAUGAAGACGAUAUUACGGAUGAAGAGGACGAUACGUAUGGGGACACAUAUGGGGAAACGUAUGACGAUUCACUGGUGGCAUAUGAGGCCCAAAACAACGCUACAAAUACUAUGAACAUACGAGAUUCUCAAACAUCAAUCCCUCAAGAAAACCCUGUAGACAUUUCGUCCGAAGAACUUGAAUAUAUUAAUGUAAAUGGUAACGACGACGCUGAUUCAGAUUCAGAUGUCGAUUCAGACAUUGGUGAGAUCACCAGGGCUACUAGUGUGAAAAGACCGGCCGACUCCAUACCCCAGAGUCGUGAAGUGCUUCUUGACAUCACGGGCGGACCCAAUGCCACCUCCUCCACCACCGAGGACACCAACCGUGAAGCCUUCGAGUUGUCCCAAUUGGGCAGACCCACCGGACCCUCCCACCAUCCUGUUAACGGUGUAGACUCCCCCACGAACACGUCCGCCGGUUCUUUUAUCUUGGACGUCGAAUUCGAAGAUUCCGGGCCUUUUAAAGAUCCCUAG